AAAACUAAUAGUUUAAUUUGUUCGAAAAAAUCAUACGGGCCUUAUUGCGGUAAUUACUUUCCUGAACAUUUGCACGUCCGUUUUACGUUGACACUUUUUGCACCGAGAGAGAAAUGUGACUUCCGCAUCCGUUCAUUUUGAUUUCGCGGGUCAGCACGGGAGAGCUCGCAAAAUUGUUAUUUUUAUGGAAAUGCAUCAGUCGAUGAUAUAUUCCUCAUCCUCUGGGACGACUUGGCAUUUUCUGUAAAUUUAUGCAAAUUUUAAUUCGGUGUUUAAACCGAUAGUUUUAGCAGAUGGUUGAUCGUUUCCUACGGUUUGGCACGGUAGAUCAAUAAAGCCAAUGUAAAGACAUUAAGCAUGUCACUGCUGUCAGUGGUUGAGCAAGAUAUCAAGGCAUGCAAAGCCGAACAGGCCAAGAUUAAUGACAGCAUUCAACUCUACAGAGAAAUAUUACAGACCUUAACAUCACAACCCAAGACGGGCUGUGAGGAGUCCGAAUGUGCAGAUGCUACUGCUACAGAGGCAAAUACCUCACCAGAGGAGAAGGAGGAUAUAGAAAUGCUUGAGCGAGCACUGGAGAAAGCCCUUCGGGUCCGCACUGGCUCAGGAGCUUCUAAAAAGGACCCAGACAGAAACAAGCAAUCUGGGCCUCGAAAGGAACCGGGCACUUCAGUUGUCACAUCAAAAGAUAUAACACAGCCAUUUGCACCGUCUAAAGGAAGUCAGACCAACAUCAGGCCGACCUCUAAAUCUGCCAAUCUUGACAGAAAAGAGCACAAAAAACCUGCAUCAUCAGUAUCCUCCACACUAGGGUCAAGACUCUCAGCUGGUAACAAUAGUGGACAGUCCAAAACCACAAAUUAUAGAAACAUAAUCCAGAACCAUCCUGUCUCAUCAGCUGGGGUUGUGCAUCACCAGGGAGCUGGGAAAUUGCAGCAGGCUGGUUCAGCGUCUGGCUCUCAUGAUCACAUCUCAGCCUUGCACUGUAAAAAAAAGACUGUUAAAAGCAGCGUGCUGAAUGGUGAUGUCUUGGGCAAAGCUGCAGUUAUCUCCACACCUUCAAAUAACACAGUGCCUUGUUCACGCACAGUUGAAUCUGGAGCUCAGAGUUUGCUUCAACACAACGGGAUACCUUCUGAGCAGACAACAAAAUGGAAAUCUUUAAGGAGCAAGCAAAACAGGUUGUGGGACAAAGUUAUUGCCCUACAAAGGAAACCUGUGCCUGGGAGGAGUCACUUCAUGGAGAGGAUGAGAGCUACGUUCCCCAAGGAUUGGCCGCGUGGCAGCCCAGAUCAGACCAGGGCUCUGGUUGACAUGCUGGCUCAUCAAGGACAUGACCUCUCCCAGCACUGCCAGAUAAAGGAGUUUCAGGCGAAACAGACUCCAGAAGCGGCCACAGAGAUGGGUGGUAAGAAAAACAAGUAUGAUGCCUACCUGACAUUUGAAAGGUCGCAGAAGGCAGCAGCAGAGCUCCAGUACUUUGCAGAUCGAGUGAAACAAGAGUGGGAAGCUUGGGAUCGAUGGAGACCAGAGGGAGGUUGUCUUUGCCCCAUUGGGGCAAAUUGUGUGUUGGAGGAUGGGAUGAUUGCACCCCUACCCCUGACUAUUACCUACACAACAGAGGCAGAGCUUCAAGAGCUGGAGAAGCUGAGGAUGCAGGUGGCACUGCUGCAACAAGAGAUUAACCUCGAGCAGGCUCUGUUGGACACUCUGUCCCCUCACCUCUCAUCUAUGGCACCUGGGCCUGGAUGUCCCAACCCCAGUGUGCUGAGAGACAUGUACUCCCUGCUGGGUGAAGGAGGACAGCGUUUUCCUGCCACAGUCCUGGACUCUGAGCCCGACUGACCACAGAACAUACAGUAUUACACUGAGUUACCAGUGGGUGAAGUGCUCUGUCUGGCCCCAUUUAUAUAUGUAGGAGAAAUAAAGUGUCUGACUGUUUGACCAGAAAGAAAACAAGAUUGUGACUGUCAUCUUUUGGUAAUGUGGUUUCUGACUGUGAGGUGCUGUACUUCCACUUUUGUCACUUUCCUAUGAAAAUCGUCUCAAUAUCUCUCAAAACAUUAACUUUUUAUGAGCUUAAAAAAAAAGCCCUGUUUUCAGUAUAACAAUGCAAUUUUCAGAUAAUCUAGUGGAUUUUUAAACGGUAUAUUUUGCUUUAGAGGCAAGAUAAUGUUUUCAACCCAUAAAGGAACACUUAACUCUUUGAUUUAUCUGAAAUAUUCAAAACAACCUAAUUUGGAGAGACAUGGUUUUCAAUGGAAAGCAAAGAUUUAUAAAUGUUGAUGUACGUCUGUAUAAUAUCACAUUUGCUUCAUGAUAUCAGCAUGUGCUGAAUUGAUUUUAUAGUCGGUCAUUUCAGUUGACUUUCUCAUAAACAGCUUAUGUUUUGUUUUUUGUUUGUUUUUUGUUUUUUACUACAUAGCAAUGUGUGAUGGAAAAAAUCUGCCCUGGAGUCACUGAUGAGUCUUCCUAACAGACAGUACCAGCAGGUGGCACUGGACUCGCAGAAGAGGUGACCAUAGAACACACUAUCAGGUUACCAAUGUUAACGACUUGUUUGGUUAUUUCAGUUGCAUCAAAAUCAGUCAGUAAAGUCUGUUGGAUUCAAGCUGUGAUUGAGGAGGGCAGUUUUCAUACUAACAAAUCCUGGGUACUAAUUAGUGUGCUGCAUGACUGUCAGCCUGCUGGUCUGUGGAGUCACAGAUAAAUGGAUGUGUUCAAUCCUAUUUUAGUGCUGUCUUUCGCUGAAAACAGCAGGGAAGCCAAGACUUCAGACUCAUCUUCUAUGUGUACCACUUUCUUCCCACUGUCUGGCAAAUUAAAGUUUCUGA